CCGUCGCUAAGUCGGAGGAAAGAGCGACUGAGAAGGAAGAGAGAGAAAGAGAGUAGGAAUGGCGUCUGGUUGGGGGAUCAACGGGAACAAGGGUCGGUGCUUCGAUUUCUGGACGGAGUUCAGUGAGUGCAUGUCUCAUUGCAGAGAGCCGAAGGAUUGUGCCCUGCUCCGCGAAGACUACCUUGAGUGCCUCCACCAUGGCAAGGAGUUUCGCCGGAGAAAUUCCAUUUAUAAGGAAGAGCAGCGUCAACUGAGAGCUGCUAAACGCAAAGAAAAGGAGGAAAAGGAUGGUCAUGGUGGAAGUUGAGCAGUAAUGUUGUUAGUCAAACAUGUCUUUUCGAGCUCUUCUUUCUCCAAACUGUCCAAUAAAAAUUGAUGAAUGCUGCCAUUCUUGUGUUCUUUGUAAGUUUUUGUGGGGCCUGGUUACCAUCUUCUGGGGAUUAUACAAACCUAUAGCUUGGAAGGCCAUUUCUCUUUCUGAAGGAUACGUUGAGCAAGCUAACUUUGUUGUUGAUUUUGCAAAUGUUUAUAGUUCUGUUAAUUAA